AUGAAUAUGCAGAAAAAGGUAUCUCAAACUCGUGAAAAACUAUCCCAAAUAAUUCAAGAUAUAGUAAUUAAUAUACCUAAAGAUUCUUUUUAUUAUAUGCCUAAUAAUGAGGCAUUGCGUAAACAAAUUUCAUGUAUUCAACUUAAAAAUCUUCCUUCUCAACUACAAUCCUUAGAAGAAAUAAAUAUUCCUAUUCAAUUACAAGUAACUAUGAGAGGAGAAUAA